GGGUAUGUAAAUGAUGUGAUCAACCGUGUUUUGAAUCUCACUUUGGAUUACAUCAGUUGAAGUGAACAUUAGCCGUUUUUUCCAUAGUUGUUUGUUUCACUUCUGGACUAUCUGUGUUUUUGUCUCUUCUGUUCCCACUGAUGAUCAGGUGUGGACUCUGCUAUGGAUCAGUGUGAGCAAACGGAGGAGGGACUUGUGAAAACCGAUCUGUUUGAGGACCAUGAGAUCCAGAUCAAAGAUCAGAGACCACAGCAGGACACAGCGCCCUCUGGUGGCAAUGGAUCUGGGCCUGAACCCAGCUGUGUGUCCCUGAACAGUGACUGGUCAAUGCAUUGGCCCGUUGAAUUUAAACAGAGAGUGAAGCAGCAGAGCUCAGAGGUUCACAGGGUUCCAUCUGCUCAGCGGCAUCACACACGCCUGGACAACACAUUUUCGAUUCUAGAGGAGAACAUGGUCAUCUUUGUUAAAACUGAGCUGAAGAAGGUCAAGAAUGUUCUCACAAAUGAGCAGGAAUGUUUAGAGAGUCAAAGUGAGGAUCAGUGGAUGAUCGGUGAGGAUGAUAAGCACAAGAGGAACAGAGAUGCUCUUCUGGAGAUCACAAUGAACUUCCUGAGGGACAUGAAUGAGGAGGAGCUGGCUGAUUGUCUGCAGAGCAAAAGGGAUGCAAAAGUAUUUCAGAGGAAAUUCAAAUCUAAUUUGAAGCAGAAGUUUGAGUGUGUGUUUGAGGGGAUCUCUAAAGCAGGAAAGACGACUCUUCUGAAGGAGAUCUACACAGAGCUCUACAUCACAGAGGGCGGGGCUUCAGAGGUCAAUGAGGAACAUGAGGUCAGACAGAUUGAAGCAGCAUCCAGGAAAACACACACACCACAAAGAACCAUCACAUGUGAAGACAUCUUUAAAGCCUUAGCUGACACUCAGCCACCAAUCAGAACAGUGCUGACAAAGGGCGUGGCCGGCAUCGGGAAAACAGUCUUAACACAGAAGUGGACUCUGGACUGGGCUGAAGGACGAACCAACCAGGACUUCCACUUCAUAUUUCCAUUCACUUUCAGAGAGCUGAAUGUGCUGAAAGAGAAGAAGUUCAGCUUGGUGGAACUUGUUCAUCUCUUCUUUCCUGAAACCAAAGAAGCAGGAAUCUGCAGCUUCCAGCACUUCCAGGUCUUGAUCAUCUUGGACGGUCUGGAUGAGUGUCGCCUCCCUCUGGACUUCCACAGCAAUGACAUCCUGACUGAUGUGACAGAGUCAAGCUCAGUGGAUGUUCUGCUGACAAACCUCAUCAGGAGGAACCUGUUUCCCUCUGCUCGCCUCUGGAUCACCACACGACCUGCAGCAGCCAAUCAGAUCCCUCUUGAGUGUGUGGACAUGGUGACAGAGGUCAGAGGCUUCACUGACCCUCAGAAGGAGGAGUACUUCAGGAAGAGAUUCAGAGAUGAGGAGCAGUCCAGAAGAAUCAUCUCCCACAUGAAGACAUCACGAAGCCUCCACAUCAUGUGUCACAUCCCAGUCUUCUGCUGGAUCACUACUACAGUUCUGCAGGACGUGUUGGAAACCAGAGACACACCAGAGCUGCCAAAGACCCUGACUGAGAUGUACAUCUACUUCCUGGUGAUUCAGUCCAAAAUGAAGAAGGUCAAGUAUGAUGGAGGAGCUGAGACAGAUCCACUGUGGAAUCCAGAGAACAGGAAGAUGAUUGUGUCUCUAGGAAAACUGGCUUUUGAGCAGCUGCAGAAAGGGAACCUGAUCUUCUAUGAAGAGGACCUGACAGAGUGUGGCAUCAAUAUCAGAGCAGCCUCAGUGUACUCAGGAGUCUUCACACAGAUCUUUAAAGAGGAGAGAGGACUCUACCAGGACAAGGUCUUCUGCUUUGUCCAUCUGAGUGUUCAGGAGUUUCUGGCUGCUCUUUAUGUCCAUCUGACCUUCAUCCAGUUUGGAGUCAAUCUGCUGUCCAAAGAACAAACAACAUCCAGAAGGUCUAAGACAUCUGAAGAUAAACCUAAACUAACACGUCUCCAUCAGAGUGCUGUGGACGAGGCCUUACAGAGUCCAAAUGGACACCUGGACUUGUUCCUGCGCUUCCUUCUGGGUCUUUCCCUGCAGACCAAUCAGACUCUCCUACGAGGCCUGAUGACACAGACAGACAGAAUCUCAGAGACCAGUCAGAAAACAGUUGAGUUCAUCAAGAAGAAGCUCAAUGAGAAUCUGUCUAUGGAGAGAAACAUCAAUCUGAUCCACUGUCUGAAUGAACUGAAGGAUCGUUCUCUACUGAAUCUGAUCCAACAGUCCGUCAAGUCAGGAAGUUUCUCCAGAAAAUAUUCAUCUCCUGCUGACUGGUCAGCUCUUGUCUUCAUCUUACUGUCAUCAGAAGAACAUCUGGAUGUGUUUGACCUGAAGAAAUACUCUGCUUCACAUGAGGCUCUUUUGAGGCUGUUGCCAGUGAUCAAAGAAUCUAAAAAAGCUUUGUUAUCUGGCUGUAAUCUGUCAAAGAGAAGCUGUGAAGUUCUAUCAGUUCUCAGCUCUAGGUCCUCCAGUCUGAGAGAACUGGACCUGAGUAACAACCAGCUGCAGGACUCAGGAGUGAAGCUGCUGUGUGCUGUGUUGGAGAGUCCACACUGUAAACUAGAAACUCUCAGGCUGAGUUGGUGUGGUCUGUCAAAGACAAGCUGUGAAGUUCUGUCUCCAGUUCUCAGCUCUCAGUCCUCUAGUCUGAGAAAUCUGGACCUAAGUAACAACCACCUGCAGGACUCAGGAGUGGAGUUGCUGUCUGCUGGACUGGAGAGUCAAUACUGUCACUUGGAAACUCUCAGGCUGAGUUGGUGUGAUCUGUCAGAGAGAAGCUGUGAAGUUCUGAGCUCAGUUCUCUGCUGUCAGUCCUCCAGUCUGAGAGAACUGGACCUGAAUGACAACCAGCUGCGGGAUUCAGGAGUGAAGCUGCUGUCUGCUGGACUGGAGAGUCCACAGUGUCACCUGGAGACUCUCAGGCUGUCAGGCUGUCUGAUCACACAUGAAGGCUGUGCUUCUCUGGCCUCAGCUCUGACCUCCAACCCCUCCCAUCUCAGAGAGCUGGACCUGAGCUACAACCAUCCAGGAGACUCAGUCAAGCUGCUGUCUGCUGCACUGGAGGAUCCACGCUGGACUCUGGAGUCUCUCAGGGUGGAUAAUGAUGGAGUCCAAAGGCUGACACCAGGUCUGAGGAAGUAUUUCUGUGAACUCACUCUGGAUCCAAACUCAGCAAACAGAAAACUCAAACUAUCCGACAACAACACAAAGGUGGAACGUGUGAAAGAGGAUCAACCAUAUCCUGAUCAUCCAGACAGAUUUGACCCUUGCCCUCAGGUCCUGUGUACAACUGGUCUGACUGGUCGCUGUUACUGGGAGGUCGAGUGGAGAGGAGAUGUUUCUAUAGCAGUAACUUACAGAGGAAUCAAAAGGAAAGGAAACAGAGCUGAAUGUAGGUUUGGAGAAACUGAUCAGUCCUGGCGGCUGUUCUGCUGUGAUAGAGAUGAUUGUUACUCUGUCCGUCACAAUAAUGUACAAACAGAACUUCGUCGCUCCUCUAAAUCCUCUCACAGAGUCUCAGUGUUUGUGGACUGUCCUGCUGGCACUCUGUCCUUCUAUGAAGUCUCCUCUGACUCUCUGAUCCACCUCCACACUUUCUCCUGCACAUUCACUGAACCUCUGUGUGCUGGGUUCAGGUUCUGGACUGGUUCUGGUUCCACAGCGUCUGUGUGUCGUCUGUAGGACAGAGAGUCUCCUCGUGUGGACAGAAACACACACAUUGUCCCACAAGAGAAGACAAAGAUGUGUCUUAGAGCGGUUGUUAUUCUCACAUCACUUCAAGUGUGAUAUUUUACGCACACACACACAAAAUGAAGUGUCGAUUUUAUCCAAAUCAGUACAUGUGGGGACCAAGUGACCCCCAGGGGUAUAUUUAUUGAAAUAUUUUCUGAACCUUCAUACUUCAUCAACUGAGAUUAUAUGAAAUUGUCAUCUAUACAGUUAACUUCAAUUUCACUUAUUUUGAUCCUGUUUGGUUAAAUUUUGUGGGCUCCAUAAUAAUUUUUCUUAUGAGGUCCAGCUGAACCAAAGAUUGAUAUAAGGGUAUCUGGUUGGACCUCCAUAGCAAAAUGUUUGAGCUUAAUGUCAAUUUUCAUAAGUACUGAAAUGUCAGAAGAAGUAUUGAAUUUGGUACUGAAAAGUCCUGUUCAACAAAAGAGAAGAAAAUUCUCACUUUUUUCAAAAUGAAAUAUGGUUUAUUCACUAGAAACCCAAUAGCAAUCUUUCAAAAUUGUUGCAUAGGGAGCCUAUCUAUUUAUAUUAUCUGUAAUAAUGGAAUGAACAUAAACUUGUUGAUAGUAUUAAAACACAAGAUGUUCUGGUGUACAGAUUACAGAUACAGAUUCUUUAUUGUCAUUGUAACAGGUACAAUGAACCGUAAGGUUCAGCCUUUCAGUGCAAACAUAAACCUGAGUAAACCACGUUCAGACUUGAAAGGUCUGGAGAAGAAAAGAAAAUAAACAGAAUGAAAAAGGUAUGUCCGAGCACAAAAUAAAAAAGAGGGGAAAAAAUACUUGUAAUAAGUAUGUAGCAGCAAAAAAGAGAUUACAUAUACUGUAAAAAAAAAAAAAAA